AUGCCGAACUUUCCGCUCAACAACCGUGAAAAGGACGACGAACGGCUAGAACGCCUUCAAGAGAGGCCAAGGCAGACACCGUUUUACCAGCCAAGUUAUCUUCCACGACAACCCACCUGGCCAACUGUCAAGUUACGUCUCGUAGCGAAAGACCUAAGUCACCCUGGUGCCAUACUUUUCUUCCAACAUAUCAACCCUUCUGAAUGUCUUAAUAUCGCUGUUACAACUGUGCUUGAAUGGCUCUACACAGUGCAAACAUGCCCUAGACACGUACGCUCGGUCACUCUCCAUCUAGACGAUAUGGACGGUGUGGCGUAUACGAAAGGAAGUGAGCUCGAUGAAGACCACAAGGAGAUCCAUCUCAGUGUGCGGCAUAUCGUUAAUAACAAGCAGCGAGCCCAUGACGAAACGUUUGGAGUACUUGUGCAUGAGAUGGUCCAUUGUUUUCAAUGCAACGGUAAAGGAACAUGCCCAGGCGGUCUCAUCGAAGGAAUCGCAGACUACGUCCGUCUGAAAGCAGGGUUGCCACCGCCUCAUUGGCGGAAGGGUGGAAACAAAUGGGACGAGGGAUACCAGAUAACGGGGUACUUUUUAGAAUGGAUUGAGAAUACAAAUGGUAAUGACUUCGUUCGGAGGCUGAACGGUAGAAUGCGAGACCACGAGUACGAUGAGGGUGUAUUCGCGGAAUUGACUGGACAGGAUGUCAAUAGCCUCUGGAAGGCUUACAAGGCGUCCUUAGACAAGUGA